GAUGGGUGCUGCCGGCUGCCGGAGGACUUGUGUGUCUCGCCGUGGGAGUCAACGAAAAACAUCGCCGCCGAGUGCGUAAUGGAAUCGCUCGUUCGCCAGAACGCUGCCAACGAACGAAAUCGUGGUCUUAAAAAAGUCAAGAAUAUGCCAGAGAACCAUGGGAAAGCCCUAGACCGAGGUCAAAGAGAUCGAGGAAUUCGAGAGGCAAGUCAAAAACACAAUAAAAAGUGGAAUUAG